AUGGCGAGCGAAACCACGACUACAUCUACAUCUACCUCCACCACCACCACGAUUGGAACAACGGGUAGCGGAGAAUUCCAAUGUCCUGAGCCUGAUGGAUUUUUCCCUGACCCUGAAUCGUGCGAUCAUUUCUACCAAUGCGACGGAGGAGAUCCCUUGUACCAAGAAUGCCCCGAAGGUACUUGGUUCAAUCCAAAUAUCGACUCGUGUGACUUCCCCGCUGGAGGAGCGGAGAAAAGAAAGCCAGAUGGCGUUGCAAGCACUGGUGGACGAGCUUUUCAAUGUCCAGAAGCUGAAGGUCGAUACCCUCACGAAAGCCUCUGCUACAUGUUCUACGAAUGCGUAGAUUACAUUCCCUACGACUAUGAGUGUCCGGAUGACGAGCUCUACAGCCAAGAGCAACAAUAUUGCAUGCCUCCUGGAGAAGUGGAUUGUGGGAAUCUCCUGCCAAGACCCACCACA